UCUUCCCCCGCUCCCCGGCUCUGGUGAAAUGCCAGGGGAAUGAGGAGGGAAGUGGGCCCUGAGGUACAGCCAUCUCUGAACUUGUCCUGGCUGGCAGAGUCCCCCAGCCCCCUAGUAUCAGAUCCUGCUGGAAGCCACACAGACGCCCUGCUGGCGGACUUGGAGUCCACCACCUCCCACAUCUCCAAACGGCCUGUGUUCUUGUCGGAGGAGACCCCCUACUCAUACCCAACUGGAAACCACACAUACCAGGAGAUUGCCGUGCCACCCCCUGUCCCUCCACCCCCAUCCAGCGAGGCCCUCAAUGGCACCAUCCUUGACCCCUUAGACCAGUGGCAGCCCAGCGCCUCCCAAUUCAUCCACCAGCAGCCUCAGUCCCCAUCGCCCGUGUACGGCUCCAGUGCCAAAACUUCCAGUGCCUCCGUCCCCCAGGACAGUGUGGGCCCUCCGUGUCCCCGAGCUGGUGAGGAAGAGCACGUCUACAGCUUCCCCAACAAGCAGAAGUCGGCUGAGCCUUCACCCACUGUGAUGAGCUCCUCUCUGGGCAGCAACCUUUCCGAGCUCGACCGCCUGCUGCUGGAACUGAAUGCCGUGCAGCAUAACGCCCCCGGCUUCCCCUCAGAUGAGGCCAACUCAAGCCCCGCGCUACCCGGGGCUCUGAGCCCCCACUAUGGCAUCGCGGAGAAUAACAGCCCGCUAGGGGGCCAAGCCGGGCCCCUGACCAAAGAGAAGCCCAAGCGGAACGGGGGCCGGGGCCUGGAGGACGUGCGGCCCAGCGUGGAGAGUCUCUUGGAUGAACUGGAGAGCUCCGUGCCCAGCCCCGUCCCCGCCAUCACUGUGAACCAGGGCGAGAUGAGCAGCCCUCAGCGAGUCACCUCCAGCCAGCAGCAGACGCGCAUCUCGGCCUCCUCUGCCACCAGGGAGCUGGACGAACUGAUGGCCUCGCUGUCGGAUUUCAAGACCAGCUCCUCUGCUGUGGCCUCCAGUGCCCUGGGGCUGCCGCCCAGCUCAACUCCAUCCCCACACCACAUACUUCAUUCUCCUCGUCCUCCUGGAGGCCACAGUCACGCCCCGCAGGUCCUCUGCACUGAGGGCAAGGAUAGUAGAUGGGGCCCUCUACCUCCUGUGGCCCCCAGCUGGCUUGAUUUGGCUGGCCUCGGGGUAACACCUGAUACCCCCAACUCAAGAUCUCCCUCUGCAGAGGGUUCUCUGGGGUCGUUUGGUGCAGAGAGCCAGGCUCAAGUCUGGAGGGACCUACCAAACCUCAUGAGUGAGCUCUCCAGGGCUCCCCCCUGCCACACUCUACCCCAGGCUGGGUGUGCAGGUCCCCAGGAGCCUGGAGACCCCCAGGUGCCGCUGACCAGCCCUUUGUACCCAGAGGAAGCUGUGGCUGCCACUUGGGAGCAGCCGUGGGCUUUGGAGGCACUCAGGCCUGAGACUCCCCACGGAGCUAUGCCCAGCUUCCAGGGAGUAACCGAGCCAGCUGUCGAGGCCGUGGACCGUCAGGCUGUCUUCCCAGAUACCUGGAGUCUCAUGAAGGAGCAUGGACAGAGGAAGGAGAGGGCAAGGCCAGAGCCAGGGGAGCCGGAAAGCAGCUGCCCUGCCCCAGUUGCUGUGCAGUUAGGUGGAGAUACGGCCAUGAAGGGAAGCCUGGUCAGGCCAACCCCGGGACCUGAGUCCCCCAGGAGGCCAGAGGGCACCACCAAAGCUGCUGCCGAGGCCAAGAGGGAACAGCCAGAGCUUCCACGUGCCGUGGUCAUGGACACACCCAGCACCAAUGAGAGGAUUUCCACCUCUGGCCAGAUCCGCUCCGUGAUCAGGAGGAGCCGGGAGACAGGCCACGCACACCCCAUGUCCCGGGAGCCCUCCCCUCGCCGCCGGCUGGACCCUGCCACCCUGAGCAGGACCCCAUCCCAGGAGCGGCUCAUCGCAGAGCUGCAGGGUCGGCUGGGCAUCCAGCCGGAGGCGGAGGAGGCAGCGGGGGCAGCAGGGCUCUCCGCCGAGGACUGGCUGACCGAGGGCGUCGUCAUCACUGUGCAGCCACGCGGGAGGCGGGCCGGGGGGCAGCUUGUAGAGAAGGUUGUCUUCUCUCCGGGCUCUCCCAUUCCCCUGAGAAGAACCUUCUCUGUUCGGGCUCCUCCUCCUCCUGUCCCUUUGCUUCAGCAUCGCAAAGACGCCUCGGCCAGCAGCUCUUCUCCCCAGGCCAGCCCGCCUGCCCCCUCCAUCCUGGGGCCCUCAGCUCUCACCUGUGGUUCCCUUGGGGUCCAGAGUGCUGAGACAGGGCCCCGGGAAGACGAUGAGCAGGGCCCCACCCCUCCCCCUCCUGCGCCCCACACCAGGAGGUCUGUGGGCUGCCAGACUGACGAGGACCCGCUCUUCCCGCCGAUGCAGGUCCAGGGCCUGGAACAAAGAGCGGAUGGAGAGCUGUGCUGGGCGGCUGGCUGGCCUCCGAACAGCAGGCAAAGCAGUCCCGAAGGGCAGGACGAGGGAGGGUUCAUGGCCCAGGGGAAGACGGGGAGCAGCUCUCCCCCAGGGGGACCCCCAAAGCCCGGGAGCCAGCUAGACAGUAUGCUGGGGAGCCUGCAAUCCGACCUGAACAAACUGGGGGUCGCCACUGUCGCCAAAGGGGUCUGCGGGGCCUGCAAGAAGCCCAUCGCCGGGCAGGUGGUGACCGCCAUGGGGAAGACAUGGCACCCGGAGCACUUCGUCUGCACCCACUGCCAGGAGGAGAUCGGAUCCCGAAACUUCUUUGAGCGGGAUGGACAGCCCUACUGUGAAAAGGACUAUCACAACCUCUUUUCUCCGCGCUGCUACUACUGCAAUGGUCCCAUCCUGGAUAAAGUGGUGACAGCCCUUGACCGGACGUGGCACCCCGAGCACUUCUUCUGUGCCCAGUGUGGCGCCUUCUUUGGUCCUGAAGGGUUCCAUGAGAAAGACGGCAAGGCCUACUGCCGGAAGGAUUACUUCGACAUGUUCGCGCCCAAGUGCGGCGGCUGCGCCCGGGCCAUCCUGGAGAACUACAUCUCGGCCCUCAAUACCCUCUGGCAUCCCGAGUGCUUCGUGUGCCGGGAAUGCUUCACGCCAUUUGUCAACGGCAGCUUCUUCGAGCAUGACGGGCAGCCCUACUGUGAGGUGCACUACCACGAGCGGCGCGGCUCACUGUGCUCCGGCUGCCAGAAGCCCAUCACGGGCCGCUGCAUCACCGCCAUGGCCAAGAAGUUCCACCCGGAGCACUUCGUCUGUGCCUUCUGCCUCAAGCAGCUCAACAAGGGCACCUUCAAGGAGCAGAACGACAAGCCUUACUGUCAGAACUGCUUCCUCAAGCUCUUCUGCUAGGCGCCCUCGUCCCUUCAUCUGCCCCUCCCCCGGCCCAGCCUCCCCGACUGCUACUGUGACCCAGAGGCCUCCCCCAGGGGCAAAGGGGCAAACCCCACUGGAACUGGAAACUGUGUCCUCAGCUGGUGCAGGGUGGCAAGAGGGCCGCAAGGGGCCCUGCCGGCUUUUCUUACCCCCGCCAGAGCCUCUGGGCCUCCUUCCUCCUCCUGCAGCUCUCCCCAGGCUGCCAGCUCUUCAUCCUCCCUGGCGAUGGGGACUGGAGGACCCCACCCCACCCACACCACGUGUGUCCCUACAAACUCGCCUGGCCAGGCCAGCACCCCACACUGGAGCCAUCUCUUACUCAUUUUGGCAGUGGAGCCAGGGGAGGAGGGUAAGCGGGGUCAGAUGGGGUCUCUCUUUAUCCUUAUUUCCCCCUCGACCUAAUUAUCUUUGUUCUGAGAGUAUUGGGGGACACCCGGCUCCCUCCAGACAAUGCCAGCAUAAAUCCAUCCAUUCAAGGGUGGAAGUGCCCAAGGGGCCACGGAAGGUUCCUUGUGCUCCUCCUGCCCUUCCAGUCUCCCCAGGCCUGGGCAACUGCCCCCUACCCUCCCAUAACUGCUCUGGUUCUACUGAGAAAGGCCUCUCCAGCAAUAAUGUUUUAUAGUCACUUCCUCCGUCUCCGGGGAUGGCGUGAGGUGGGGAGUCACCCCAUGCCUGGACACUGUACCGACUUUGAUAGAUUUCUACACUGAGGUUUGAAUUCGUAUCAUUUGCGUUGCUUUUACUUCUCUAUACAAAAUGAUUUUGAAGAAAUUUUAAAGGUGUCCCCUUUUGUACUCUCCUCCUUGUCUACCGCCACUGGUCCUGUUGAUGACAGUGGCUGUGGUAUGGAGUUUACCUGUACUGAGGGCUUGGGGUGGGGGGAGCAAUUUGUAUUUUAUUUUUUCUUAGCACAAGCAGGUGAACUGGGAGCAGCUCUGAGACUCCCCUUCUUUAACUUCACGGCUCACCGGGACUGUUUUAUAAACUGCUGUAUUUUGAAACCCCUUCCUUACUACCCAGGCCAGCAAGCUCUUAACUGAAACUGGCUUAAGGGUGUCUUGCCCUUUGGCUCCUAGAAUUCUGAACCUCAUCCGUCCUGUUCCUGAGGGAGGAGAAGGGGAAAGUACACUUUGAGGGUACUUUCCUGUCUGUCUAAGCCAUUAGGAGCGUCUGCUCCCCUGGGAACUUUUUGACAACAGAGAACCCACUGAACAUUCUCGGCCUCCUCACCACUUCUCUUCUGCCUUCUCAGGAAAGCUGGUGUCUGAUUUGGGCCAUUGGUCUUGUUGAUUCCACUGGGCGCAUCACUUCCCCCAAUUUCCUGCCCUCCCUGGAGACUGGGGGUCUGGGGAAAGGGCCCAGGUUGUUGCAAGGGGGCCUGAUAGGAUUCUGGGCAGAGGGAUAGGAUCCUGCUGAAGCAAUGGGAAACCCCAGAGCACUCUCCCGCAAGGAUGCAACAGGAGCAGGCAGACCUGGGGUUCCUAGGAGGUCACUGGAAGGGGACCCCAGUGGGGUCUGAGGUGAGGAAGAUCCAGACCACUCUGCUAGCCUCAAGGCAGAGGCUGAGUGUGCUGGGGUCUCAGAAGAGGGUCCCUCCUUCGUGGCAGGGCUGGGAGCAGCCCAGGUCUGGGGAGGUCAGCCAGGCCCCUCUGCAGGUCUGAUGUCUCCACUUCCACCCAUAGGCCUUAUUGCUCUGUUUACAGUGACCUGCCCCAGGCCCCUCUCUUCCAGGGACUGGGGUUUCUGGGGUCCACCCUCUGGGUCAGUGGCUAUUUGAUGAUUUGAUUUUUUUUUCUCUGUAAACUUUUAACCUGGCUUUUCCCCAUUUCAGUUCCUGUGAUUUAUGCCAAUAAAGUUUGCCAUUAUUUUCA